GGGGCGCUGCGCCCCGCCUGUGUGCAGCUGACCCGGGCGCAGACCGUGGAGAACGUGUGCCGGCUGCAGACUCACCUGUCCGGGGUGAGCGCCGCGGCCCUGCAGGAGCUGCAGGAGUAUGUGCUCUUCCCACUGCGCUUCGCCCUGCGGGUGCCAGGGCCCAAGCAGGAGCCUGUGCAGUGCAUCUCCUCUAUCCUCGCUGUGACAUGUGUGAAGAAGCAGGAGCUGCUGCAGGAGCUCUUCUCUGAGCUCUGUACCUGCCUCUCUCCACCUCCCAGCUCGGGCAAAGCAGCCCCGCUGUCGGAGGAGCUGAAGCUGGCUGUGAUCCAGGCGCUCCGCACCCUGAUGCAUUCGGCUUAUGGGGAUGUUAUCUUGUCUCUGUAUCAACCUUCAGCUCUUCCUCUCUUAGGAUUUGCUGUGUCUUUGCUCCUGGGCCUAGCAGAGCAAGAAAAAGCAAAGCAAAUCAAGAUCUCUGCUUUGGAGUGCUUACAGGUCCUGGUUCUGCAGUGUGACUGCCAGGAGCACCAACAGCUGGAUGAAGAUGAGGCACAGAAGUGUGGGGAUUUGUUUGCUUCCUUUCUGCCUGGGAUUUCCAUUACUUUGUCUAGGGUUAUUACUGGAGACAUCAAACAAGGUCACAAACCCACUGUUUCUGCCAUCAAACUCUUGUACCAGAUUGUUGGCUUGGUAAUGGGUGAUGCACAGCUAGCCAGAGUCCCAAAGAGUAAAGAAAAGCUGCCUUUGGAACAAAGCAGGAUAUCAGAGCUAAUGGUCCAUAGAGGACCUGACUGGAGUAAAAGUACUGCUGAAAAACUCUCUCUCCUCCUGCAUAAAGUGGUUGAAUCUUCUUCAGUUCACCCCCACUGGAAGGUGAGACUGGAGCUGGUGGAACUGGUCCACCACUUACUGAGGAACUGCAGUCAGUCACUGGUGAACUCAUUCAGCCACCUCUUAAAGGCCUUGGUUGGGCUGGUUAAUGAUGAAGACAGCCAAGUCCAAAGCAGGUGUAAGGAGGUUCUACAGGCCAUUGCUGAGCAGAGGAUUGUGGUGCAGAGCAGGGCUCUUGCUGACGUCCUCUCUGAGAACCUCCAUUCGCUUGCCACAGCUCUUCCUCGCCUGAUGAACUCUCAGGAUGACAUGGGCAAGGUCUCCACACUGAGCUUGUUGCUUGGCUACCUGAAGCUGCUGGGCCCCAAGAUUAACUUUGUCCUCAACUCCGUGUCCCACCUGCAGCGCCUGUCCAAGGCUCUGGUGCAGGUUCUGGAGCUGGAUGUGACAGAUGUGAAGAUAGUGGAGGAGCGACGCUGUGUGCCACCAGGUUCCUUGCAGCAGGGUGUGCAGAAGGGCAGGUGCCAGAAGAAGUACUUCCGCUUCUUCACGGAGGAGAAGGUUUUCCAGCUCCUUCAGCAAGUGUGUCGUGUUCUUGGCUACUAUGGGAACCUCUAUCUGCUUGUGGAUCACUUCAUGGGGCUGUACAGUGAGUCUGGCCUGUACCGAAAACAGGCAGCCAUGGUCCUCAAUGAGCUGGUCAUGGGAGCUGCCGGGGUGGGAGUGGAUGUGCUGCAGGAGAGGGAAGUUCUGCUGAACAUGGAUGAUCUCAAAGAGUCCAUAACAUCCAUUCUGGAUGAGUACACAGACCAAGCAAAUUGGUACUUGAUCACUAGCAUUGACACUGAAGGAAGCAGCCCUGAGCACUCUGUGCAGCACUCAGGACUCGCUGCACGUCUGGGAGGUGCAUGCAGCAGUGUGCUCCUUCCAUCCCCUGAGCCCCAGGUCACAACUCGCACCAUGAACAGCAACAUCUGGCAGAUCUGCAUCCAGCUGGAGGGUGUUGGCUGCUUUGCCACUGUCCUUGGGAAGGAGUUUCGGCUGCUGCUGCUGUCAGCUCUCUACCCUGUGCUGGAGAAGGCUGGUGACAGGACUCUGCUCAUCAGUGACACGGCGCUGGGGACGCUGGCAGACAUCUGUGAGGCCUGCAGUUACCACUCGGUGCAGUGCUUGAUUAAUGAGAAUUCUGACUAUCUGGUGAAUGGGAUUUCCCUGAAUUUGCGCCAGCUGGCACAUCAGGCACGUGCUUCCCAGGUCCUGGACACAAUGCUAAGGCAUUCAGAUGCCAGCUUGCUGCCACUGGUAGAAGAUGUCAUCCAAGAUGUCCUGUCUGCGCUAGAUCAGUCUUACAAUAACCAAGCCUCCACCUUCCUCAGGGUCCUCCACUCAGUCAUGACAGCUCUAGUCCAGUGGUUUGGAGUGCCCAGCACUGAGGAACACCAGCAGACUGACGGGUGCCAGAGCAGGGCUCAGCCCCAGGGGCAGCAGGUGACAAUGACAAGGCAAGAAGUGGAACGAUUCUUCCUUGGCUAUGUCAGCCAGAAGCAGAUUGCAGAAGGUGAUCUUCCCGACACAGAGGAGGAGGCAGAUGAGGUUCCUCCCCUGGCUAAGCCAGAGCCCAACAACUCUGACACUGAAGGAGAAGCUCCACUGCCAAGCCAUGCUCAGCUGGCCAGAGAUGUGAUGGAGAGGUGCAUACACUUGCUGUCAGACGGGAGCCUCCGAGUGCGGCUGAAGGUCCUGGACGUGCUGGAGCUCUGUGUAACUGUGCUGCAUCCUCAUGGAAACCAUCUGCUUCCCAUGGCUCACCGUGUCUGGCCAGCUCUUGUCACCCGGCUGAUCAGUGACGACCCUCUGGCAGUGCUCAGAGCCUUCAAGGUGCUGUGUACCCUGGCUGAAACGUGUGGGGACUUCCUGAGGCAGAGGUUCUCCAAAGAUGUCCUGCCCAAGCUGACCAGUUCCCUCCUCAGUCAGGCCCCAGCAAGUGCCAGAGCUGGACCUGUGUAUAGCCACACACUUGCCUUCAAGCUGCAGCUGGCUGUGCUGCAGGGGCUGGGCUCUCUCUGUGAGAGGCUGGACAUGGGCGAGAGUGACCUGAAUAAAGUGGCAGAUGCCUGCCUGAUUUACCUCAGCGCCAAACAACCCGUGAAACUGCAAGAAGCUGCCCAGAGUGUUUUCCUCCACUUGAUGCACGUGGACCCUGACAGCACCUGGCUGCUCCUGAACGAGGUGUACUGCCCCGAGCAGUAUGAGCCCCCCCACGGCAGCCUGCGACCGGUGAAGCUCAGCGGGAUGGGGCGGCCACGGAACGAGCUCACUGACAACGUGCUGCUCCUGCUGCGGAGGCUGCAGCAGCAGGAGAGCACAGGGACAGGCACCAGCACACAGGAGGCAUCUCCUUCCUGA